AUGCUCAAGCAAUUCGUCCACUCUUUUCAACCAUGUUUCUCCUCAAAGGCGUUAUCGCCGUCGCCGUCCUUUCGUUACUUUCUUUCUUCUGCAGUAUAUGCAGCCCCUUUCUCUAAGCCUGAUAGCAGUUCAGAUGUUAUUCCUGAUUCCUAUAUCGUGGUCUUGAAAAAGGAUGUCUCCAGUGAUUCCUUCGACUCCCAUAUAAAAUGGGCCAACAAUGUUCACAAGAGGAAUGUGGCCAAACGAGGCCUCUCGCUCGAGGGUAUGAAGCAUACCUGGGCCAUGGGCGAAUUCAAGGCAUACAGCGGAGCCUUUAGCAGUGAAACCAUCGACGAUAUCAAGAAGCAUGAACACGUUGCACACGUCGAAAAGGAUCGAUAUGCCACUGCUCAGGGCUGGUCCACGCAGGAGAAUCCUCCAAGCUGGGGACUUAGCCGCGUUUCGGACCCGAACCCAGGAAACCACGAGUACACCUAUGAUGGUAACGGUGGUAGUGGAGUAACCGUCUUUGUUAUCGAUUCUGGUAUCUACAUUGAGCAUGAAGAGUUUGAGGGACGUGCUACUUGGGGCGCCAACUUCCUCGACGGCGAUAAUCGCGAUCUCUAUGGCCACGGAACGCAUGUGGCAGGUACCAUUGGCAGUGUAAGUUAUGGUGUUGCAAAGAAGGUGAAUCUCGUUGCCGUCAAGUGUCUAGAUGGUAGGGGCAAGGGUCCUUGGAGCGCCAUUAUUGCUGCAAUCCAUUGGACAGUCGAUGAGGCCAGGAAAAGGGGUAUUCUGGGUAAAACUGUUAUCAACUUCAGCCUUGGUGGUGAGCCCUCACCAGCAGUAGAUGCUGCCUUGGUUGAAGCCCAUAAAGCUGGUAUCUUCAUCUCAGCUGCUGCUGGAAACUUUGGUUCUGAUGCUCGGAGCGUUACUCCCGGCUCUGCUUCAUUGGUCUGCGUUGUUGGAAAUUCAGACGAGAACAAUUACAGGUGGACUGGUAAAGAUCCCUCUAACUGGGGGCCUCGAGUUGAUAUCUUUGCUCCCGGAACGCGCAUCAUGUCUACCCUUCCUAAUGGAGGCUUCGGUCCAUCGACUGGAACUUCCAUGGCUGCUCCUCACGUUGCUGGCCAGGUCGCUAUUUAUAUCUCUCAUGGUAACUUCGACCUGAGCGCUGCAUGCGAAUUCCUCAAGCAGAAGGCAACUCCCACGGUUCAGGACCCCGGCCAGGACACGACCAACCGACUACUAAGCAAUGGAUCUGGAAAGGGAGGUCCAGGGCCGAACCCAGACCAGAAAAAACCAGACCAGAACAAACCAGACCAGAACAAACCAGACCAGAACAAGCCAGACCAGAACAAACCAGACCAGAACAAGCCAGACCAGAACAAGCCGCCAGGCCAGAACAAUCCUCAAGGAUCCGGUGAGCCAGAGAACAGUCCACCAACCCCAAGUCCACCUCAAGGACCAAACAACUGGGGUCCAUCGUGGUGGGACAGACCGAGCCCCGGGUGGUUGAACAGGCCAAAUCUCGGGUGGUGGAAUCGGCCGUACUCAGGGUGGAAGCCGUGA